AAGGUGGUGAUCGCCCCACCCCCCGUGUUCCCCCAUGUUGUAGAGCUUUAGGUUUGAUUAAGUUUCUCAAUAAAGGAAACUCGAUUUUGUCAUUUUCAUCAUAUCAUAACAAAAACACAAUUUAUAAGAUUACAACCCAACAACCCUCUAAUUACAAUAACAAGGCUUUUUAUAUUAUUUGCAGUGUGCAUGUGCAAGUACAGAAAUAGUGUGAUUACUAUUUCUGUGUGGGCCUGUGGUAGAGCAAUUUGAACAAGCAAUUUCAAACUUAGAGAAUCUCUGUCUUUUCAUAUUUCACUUUCCUUAUCCAUCAGCUUGUAACAUCUCACAACUCCCCUUCUUAAUCUUAAUCAGCAAGCUUCUAUAUCUACAUAGCAGCACAUUGAGCAUGCGUAGGUAAUAAUAAUUAUAUACAUGUAAGCAGCAAUAAAAUCCUACUACAGGCCAUUGGCUUUUGAAAGCAAACGAAAGAUUUAUGAACCUUUUCCAAUUAAAUGAAAUUCUGGAUUAAAAAUUUUCGUAAUAUGAUCUCCGAUAAAUAUUUUCGAAAUUCUGGAGUAAGAAUUUUCGUAAUAUGAUCUCCGAUGAAUAUUUUCUUUUUUUCACAUGAAAUAUCCAUUAUAGGCCCACGCGAAAUUUCACGAUUGCCCAAAUAUCAACAAAUAUCAAAGCUAAAUCUGAUGGCUUCAUUCAGAAAAUUCAACCUAGCGCAUGAUGUAAAAUCGGUAAAGUAGCUUUUAGCCACUGACAGACUAUAAACUACUGUACAUGCUGUAGGUUUUGCUAGCUUCUGACUCAAAUCUAUCCCCAAUACGUGCUAGACUUAGCUCUAUUACCUUAAUAACAGAGUGUUCAAUGUCAAGCAAAAGACAACUCGCUCUUUUCUUCGCAAUCACCAAAUGAUGAUGUUAUGUUGGUUCUAACGGCGUUGUUAUGUCCGAAUUUGGAGUAAAAGUCUCAUAGAAGCAGGAAGUAUAAUAUUUUACGAAGAUAGGCCCCUUUUCGCCUCUAUUUUGUUUCUGAAGUAAUGUUAAUGAGAUGAGUUGCAUUGUUGUUUAUAUCUCAUUGUACCAACUCAAUUUGACAAUGUUUGAUUAUCAUCGUCGAAUUAUGAACAAAUGUGAAUGUGUCACAUGACAUUAAAUAACACAUCUUUAUUUUUGACCUUAUAUAGCUUUUAAAUCAACUUCAUUUUAAUAUUACACAAAUUCACGUCAAUCAGGGGCGAGUGGCUAGAUAGCUCUAAUGAGUUUUUUCCACUUAUCCUACAGCGUUAAUUUUGUAAUAGUCACUGAUAAGAAAUUAACAUGUUAAUAUAUAUCUAUUUCAAAACCUCAAUAACAUCAAAUAUAUAUUUAAUGUUUUUGACAUUUACCCACCCGUUACCCUGCUUGGAUCGUCAUCAUCAGUCGUGUAAAUUCGAGGCUUGUCAGACUUCGAUAACGAGGCAAAAAUGGCGCGCAUCUGAAAAUAAAAUUUAUUAGAUUUGGGUUUUCUGCUUAUAAAAACCAGCUGCCUUACGUUUUCAUUUGGGCGUUUUGAGGAGCAGAUGUAUUGAGAUAGGGAUUAUUUCUGCCAAACAGCUUGGCUUCACGAUGGAACAAGAAGAAACUGGGGAAAAGCAAGGAGUUUUAAAUUCACCAGAAGGUUGGGCUGAUAAAACAAGGUCAAUGAUCGAAGAUCUCCUUGCAAGACUUUCGUCAAGAGAGCAACAUCUAGACGAAAAAGAAAGAUGGCUAGAAACUGAAAGGAAGGACCUUGCACAGCUAAAAGAACAAUUGCAAGCAGAGCAUGCUAAAGAUCUAGAAAAGAUAGAGAAAAAAGGAAAUGACCUCAAAGACUAUUAUGAAGAAAAGUUGAAAAAAUUGGAAGAUGAGAAGAAAUUUGUAUACAAUAUUGGAGUUGCUCAAAAGGGCAAAGUUAAGCUUGAUAUUGGAGGCCAUGUCUUUUCAACUUCAGUCAGUACUCUGUGUAAGUUUGAAAAUUCAAUGUUAUCUGCUAUGUUUUCUGGAAGACACCAGCUUAAUGACUCUGAUGAUGGUACUUAUUUCAUUGAUCGAGAUGGGACGUAUUUUAGGUAUAUUUUGAACUUUCUUAGAGGUCAAAUCUGUGAAACUAAUAACUUGCCAAGUGAUAAGCAUGUAUUAAGAGAAAUAAAACAGGAAGCAGAUUUUUAUCAACUUGAUGACCUGGUGGAUUUUAUCGAUGAAAUUUUGAUUAAAGAAGCCUUGGGGAAAAAUGACUACUCGCAGGAAGAUAUCAAUGAGUUACUUUCUACAGUUGUAAAGACUGAAAAGCUUCCUAAGAAUCCUGCUUCCAACUCUCGACUGCUUACACAAGGUAUUUCUGUUGCAAAUGCAGCCCUUAAAGGCCAACGGCAGACCUCAACUGAAUCAUCAACAGGCUGUAAUAGAGCAAUGUUUGUUGUGCAGAACAUGACCAAGAAUAAGCUAGAUUUUACAGGGAAAUCACUCACUGGAAUUUCUUUUUCGCAUACCACAUUUAACCAUGAUGUAUCAUUCAGAAAUGCUGACUUGUCAGGAGCUACAUUUUAUGGCUGCGAGUUCAAUGUGAACUGUACUGUGGAUUUCACUCAUGCAGAUCUCAGGGACUGCGACUUUCGUAAUUGCAAAGGAAAGGAAGCAGGCCCGAAAAUGAGCUUUGGUCCAAGUACUUUUGAAUUUGGCAAUGGAGGUCUGGUUAGUGGAGCUAGCUCUGACAUCUUCAUCAAGCUUAUCACGGGCAAAAAGAUUUUAUUCAGAGGAGCAAAAACUGAAGGGGCAAAAUUUGAUCCAAAUGUAUUAAGUACAGUUGCAAGUUGUCUUUUAUAAUGAUUACACGGCAGAGCGUUGAGAAAUGUGGAGAGGAGAUAAAACCAAAUAAAAAGAGGCUUAACUGGCUUAAUUCUUUGGAUUUUUGGCCAAAUGUUGGUGCUAAAGCUAACCCCCCCCCCCCCACAGCUCCACUGCUCUGAGGUGCCUGAUUGUAAACAAUAUUCUCAAAGCUUGCCUUCCAGUUUAAAAUCGUAUAUGUCAUUUGCAUUGCUAUUUGUUAUAGUGCCUGCAAUUGCUGUCACUCUUUAACUCUAGUGUGUGUUUCAUGACAGAAGUAUCAUUUGGGUGCAUUUACUAGCAGCGAUGGCAUUUUGAAUCAAUUAUAUAAAUAUAUACAGUUGUUUUCAUUAUAUAUUAUCUAAAUCAACCAAAUAAAUACUAAAGGCAACUAAUCAGCGAAUAAAUUGUAAAGUGUGCUCCUCGUAUUUCAACUAUGUUUGAGGUGAAUCAAUGUUUCUCUUUCUAUUGCCGCGGCCUUUUCUCAAUAAGCCCCUAUAAGCAUCGUUUGUCUUACCUUUCAAUUUUAAAGUCAUGUUAAAGCAAAGCUAAUAUUAUAAGCCGGAUCUCUAAGUGUAAUUAUUUUAUUAAUAGUGUGAUUCAUCUAAUUGACUCCCCCUUCUAAAGAGCCCCCUUUCACUCCAAUUAGCCUCCGUCUAAAAACGCCGUAUGUCAAUCUAGGUUAAUAAGCCUUAAGGGGGGCUAAUUUUCGGGUUAACGGUAGUCUAAAACUUGUGCUAUUGGUGUGCAGGGCCAUUGCUCUAGAGGACGUUAAGGGUGUGACACCACCCUUUAUAUUAUAUUACAUUACAUAAUUGGUGUUAACAAAUUUUUUAACAUUGAGUGUUCUAUACAAAAGUGCAAAUUACCUUCUUUUUAGCCCUAGUGCCUCGAACAGACCCUAGUGCCUCUGUUCAUAUAUUUACGAGGUUCAAGAAUCAUGGUGCAAGGCAUGGUGCCAAUCAUACUGCCCGCUUAAAGGCAAUAAGAUUAUCGAUUAAAUUCAAGUCAGUUUCAUAUCUUUUAAAGUCUUAGUAUUAAGUAUUAAAACUAUAAACGCUUAAAUGGUGACCUUUUUUCAGACAUCUUGCUGGCGUUCCGUAAAUUUAAGAAAGACCGAAGAAGAGAGAACCUAUAUAACCCAUUAUAAUAGUCCUACAGCCAGAGAAUUAACCUUUUAUGUAACCGCGUUCACAUCGUUAUGACAUAUUUCUUAUCAAAUUUCGAAACUUACAUAUCGUUUACGGUUUAACACUUAUGACAAGCUCAGCUCCUGCUACAACAAUGCAGUGAUAAUCGAAAAAAAAGCUAACGAUUUGCAACGAAGAUUUUCACCUUUAUGGUCAGCGACUCUGCAUGGAAGGGGAUCAGUGGCUGGGUCCCAGUUUGUAAAAGCUGAAGAGAUAUUUGGGGCUGGGGGCCCGGCCCUUUCUAAUUACCUUAUUUUCACCAGCUCAGCUCGUACUUAGGAAAUACAUAUGUGCACAAGCCACACAUAUUACAGCUAACAUGAUUGUUUCUUGAAGGUAAUAUGUCCUGAUGAAUUUCGUUGGACACCUUAAUUCUCAUUAGUCGUGUAGAUAGGCUAUUGUUUAUGUUGCAAUCAGCAUAUAAGCACAAAAGAACAGUUGCUAAUAAGACCAGUUAAAAAAUUGUUGAAUCUGAACAUGUCUGUUUUUGUUCAAACAUGCCCUGGCUGGUUUUUCCUUAGAUCAUACUGCUUGAAAUAAUGCCUGUCCGGCUAUUCUUACUGCUAGUUUAUUUAACCGUGAAAUCAAGCC